AAAGCACAGGAAUGGUGUUCAUUAUUGUUCAGUGUCUUUAGCUGUGCCCGAAAGGUCAGUGAGGCAGGCAUUUUCCAUAUGAAUUUUGGCCUGAGCGCCAAGCUGAAGGUGGAAUGUUCCUCGGAGAGGCUGAAGAUGAUGCCAGACCAGUUUGACCAGGCGGUUGUGCUAAACCAGCUGCGAUACUCGGGGAUGCUGGAGACGGUGAGGAUCCGGAAGGCGGGGUAUGCAGUCCGCAGACCCUUUCAGGAUUUCUACAAAAGGUAUAAAGUGCUGAUGCGGAACGUGGCUGUGCCCGAGGACAUCCGGGGGAAGUGCACGGCCCUGCUGCAGCUCUACGACUCCUCCAACAGUCAGUGGCAGCUGGGCAAGACCAAGGUCUUCCUUCGAGAAUCCCUGGAGCAGAAACUGGAGAAGCAACGGGAGGAGGAAGUUACGAGGGCGGCCAUGGUGAUCCGGGCCCACGUCUUGGGCUACUUGGCACGAAAGCAAUACAGAAAGGUCCUGUAUUGCAUAGUGAUCAUACAGAAGAAUUACAGAGCAUUCCUUCUGAGGAGGAGAUUUUUGCACCUGAAGAAAGCAGCCAUAGUUUUCCAGAAGCGACUCCGAGGUCAGAUUGCUCGGCGAAUUUACAGACGCCUGCUGGCGGAGAAACGGGAGGAGGAAGAGAAGAGGAAACGGGAGGAAGAGGAGAGAGAAAGAGAGAGGGCACGAAGAGAAGCUGAGCUCCUCGCCCAGCAGGAGGAAGCCGCCCGGAAGCAGCAGGAGCGGGAAGCCUUGCAGAAGAGUCCGAGGGAAGCGGGACUGCACUGUGACCUGGAGAAGCAGAAGGAAAACAAGCAGGUGGAGGAGAUCCUGCGUCUGGAGAAAGAGAUCGAGGACCUGCAGCGCAUGAAGGAGCGGCAGGAGCUGUCCCUGACCGAGGCGUCGUUGCAGAAGCUGCAGCAGCUGCGGGACGAGGAGCUCAGGAGGCUGGAGGACGAAGCGUGCCGAGCGGCGCAGGAGUUCCUGGAGUCGCUCAACUUCGACGAGAUCGACGAGUGCGUCCGCAACAUCGAGCGCUCCCUGUCGGUGGGCAGCGAGUUCUCGGCCGAGCUCGGGGGGCCGGCGGAGGGCGCGGGCGCCGAGAAGCCCAGCUUCAACUUCAGCCAGCCCUACCCGGAGGAGGAGGUGGACGAGGGCUUCGAGGCCGACGACGACGCCUUCAAGGAUUCGCCCAACCCCAGCGAGCACGGCCACUCGGACCAGCGAACUAGCGGCAUCCGCACGAGCGACGAGUCGUCGGAGGAGGACCCCUACAUGAACGACACGGUGGUGCCCACGAGCCCCAGCGCGGACAGCACGGUGCUCCUCGCCCCGUCGGAGCACGGCUCGUCCAGCGGGGAGCCCGCCUACUGCAUGCCCCAGGGGGGCGGCGGCGGCGGCCUCGGCCUCCUCCCCUCCCCGGACGGCGACUACGACUACGACCAGGACGACUAUGAGGACGGGGCCAUCACCUCGGGCAGCAGCGUGACCUUCUCCAACUCGUACGGCAGCCAGUGGUCCCCGGACUACCGCUGCUCCGUGGGGACCUACAACAGCUCCGGGGCGUACCGCUUCAGCUCGGAAGGGGCGCAGUCCUCGUUUGAAGACAGCGAAGAGGACUUUGAUUCUAGGUUUGAUACAGACGAUGAACUUUCUUACCGGAGGGAUUCGGUGUAUAGCUGUGUCACCCUGCCUUACUUCCACAGCUUUCUAUACAUGAAAGGUGGCUUAAUGAACUCCUGGAAACGCCGCUGGUGCGUCCUCAAGGAUGAAACCUUCCUGUGGUUCCGCUCCAAGCAGGAGGCCCUCAAGCAAGGCUGGCUCCACAAAAAAGGUGGGGGCUCCUCCACGCUGUCCAGGAGGAACUGGAAGAAGCGCUGGUUUGUCCUCCGCCAGUCCAAGCUGAUGUACUUUGAAAAUGACAGCGAGGAGAAGCUCAAAGGCACCUUGGAGGUCCGGACGGCCAAGUAUGUUGACGGACCCCGGAGAUGGCCCAGUGGGGUGGUGCUCGGGGGCUGCUCGGUCGUUCAUGUCGAUGCCUCCAAAGCCACCUGGCCCGUGGUCUUCGAAGCAGUAGGUUGUAGGCGUCGAGUGCGUCCCAGUCAUUCACUUGAGCCGAUCGAAUUGUUAGGGGCCUGGGGAAAUGACUUUGUGAACCGUUCACUUCUCAUGGUCACGUUCGGACCCUUGCCUCUCAGUAAGAUGCCCGCUGGUCCUGGUGGGGAUGUGAUUGGUUGUGUGCAGGGAUCCUCGAAUAUUGAACAGUGGGUUAAGAAGCUUUUACUGAUCAACACACCACAACAGAUUGCUAAAUUGGAACCAGACUGCCCAUCUGGAGGUGUUUGGUUUUUUGCUUUAGUUUUUGAGUUUUUAGUUUUUGCUAUAGUCGUUGACAUAUAGCAUGUGAGUUUCAGAUGUACAACGGAGUGAUUCCACCUUUGCAGAGUGAUCGCCACAGGGAGUCUAGUGAACAUCCAUCUCCACACAUAGUUAACAAUUUUUUUUUUGGUGAUGAGAACUUUUAAGAUCUACUCACUUAGCACUUUAUCCAAAUGGGCGAUACUGUACUCUUAACUAAUUCUCUCAUGCUGUACAUGAUGGCCCCAGGACUUAUUUUGUAACUGGAAGAUUGUAACUUUUG